AUGGAUUUUGAAGGGAAAACACCACGUCUCCUUGUGCUUUACGCUUCCCAGACUGGGAAUGCAAUGGAUGUCGCAGAUCGCGUGGGAAGAGAGGCGGAACGUGGUGGCUGCCCUUCUGUUGAUAUUUUGUCCAUGGAUGCAUUCGAUGCGAGCUUUUUGCACGAGGACCGAAUUGUAAUUUUUGUUGUGUCAACUACUGGCCAAGGAGAGAACCCGGAUUCCAUGAAGGUUUUCUGGAAGUUUCUUUUGCAGAAGCAUUUGAGUCAUAACUGGCUGGAUGGUUUGAAUUAUGCAGUGUUCGGACUUGGAGACUCUGGUUACCAAAAGUACAAUUUCUCUGCAAAAAAGUUGGAUAGAAGGAUUAUAGAUCUUGGGGCAAAACCUAUCAUAGAGAGAGGCUUGGGAGAUGAUCAGCACCCCUCUGGGUAUGAAGGUUCCCUUGACCCUUGGUUGUUGUCCUUGUGGAAUAAACUAAACCACAUGAAUCCUGCACUUUUACCAAAAAUUUCGGAUAUAUUUGAUAGCAAUAGGAGAAGUCUAGAUCAUUCUAAAUAUGAAGUUACCUAUCACUGUUCUAAAGAUUUGCAGCCAGAUUUGUCGUCAUUUCAUGGUUUUGAGAAUACGGUUGAGAUAGCUCGUUCAGUGUCUUCUAUUGCACAGCACUGCAAUGUUGAUAAUACGAGACGUUGCUCCCUACGGUUGGUGAAAAAUAAGAGAUUGACUAAAGGUGAUCCCGAUACAGAUUGUAUGUACAUAGAUUAA